GUUUUGAAACGCACAGCCUGAAUUCCCGCUUAGUUUUCCGCCAGGGUUUGAAUUGUUGGAGGCGCUUACGCUUCCGCAGCUUUGUUUAGCGAACACCCAAUAAUAAUGCAACUCCGAAGUCAUUCAUCUCGUUUUCCUGAGCGAUACUAAUGUGGAAGACGAGCUGAGAAGUGGAUGUAUCUUUCCUGCUUGCUUGGAUUGUGUAACUUUAGACAGAAGCGACUGAGACAUGUCUCUGCCGCUGGAGGAAGCUUCCGAACUGAAACGGAUCAUUCAGGAUCACCUGCUUAAGAUGGACAUCCAGGGGCAGAUACGGGACGUGCUGGCGAAAGCGCUGAGGGCUGAGGGGGACAGGGCAGUCUCUGAUCAGGAGCUGCUGAGCGAACUGCAGCGCAGGGGCAUCGUGGAGGACACCAUGAAGCAACUCACUUUCACUAAUACAGCACUUUCACAAACAGAGGCAGAGGAUCCGAACAAGUCUCCAGCUCGUGUAACUGAGGGGGGUAUUGAACCGCUUAAAACAGCCAAUAUCUGUCCACUGAGGAGAUACUUGUACCUUCAGGUUCUGGGAGGAAAGGCCUUCCUCGAGCACCUGCAGGAGCCAGAGCCUUUACCAGGUCAGGUGUGUUCUACCUUCACACUCCACCUUCACUUCCGCAACCAGCGCUUUCACUCCAAACCUGUGCCCUGCGCCUGUGAUCCAGACUUACAAGAGGGCUUUCUUUUAGAAGUACACCGAGAUGGCCCAGGUGAUGCCAGUAGGAUGGCUGAUGCCACCACCAUGUUGUCCAUUUGUGACCCGGUGCACAUGGUGUUAAUUCGGACAGACACAACAGGUGACACAACGCUUGUCUCAUCUCAUUUCUUGGACUGGCGAUCUGUCCUCAGUGCCCCCAAUGGAAAGACAUCAGUGUCUGUCGAGCUGCUCGGUGUAGGUAGUGAGUGUAAAGUGCCCGCAGGUGUUCUUAACCUUAAGCUUGAAAUCUAUCCUCCCCUCAGUGAAACCCUCAGCCCUGAAGUCAUCAGCACACAGCGAUCAUUGGAGCGCCAGAAGACCGCAGAGAGAGAGCGAUUGUUUCUGGUCUAUGCUAAGCAGUGGUGGAGGGAGUUCUUAGAAAUACGACCUUCUCACCAAUCGAAGCUGGUUAAGAUCUUUGCUCAAGAUGAGAAUGGAGUGAACCGCCCGGUGUGUUCAUAUGUGCGUGCGUUGCGUGCUAGCCGGCUGUUGGAAAGUCCACGGCAGGCAGCUCGCUUUGUGAGUUUACUGGCUCAGGAGAAGGCGCCUGUGCUCGGAGGAGGAACACGUCAUGAGCAGUGGUGCACUAUGAUGGCAUUUCUCUGUAGGAACAAGGGUGAUUGUGAGGACCAUGCCACACUGCUGUGUAGUCUGCUGCUGGGCUUUGGCCUGAAUGCUUAUGUGUGUGUGGGCACUAAAGCUAAAAACACCCCCCACACCUGGGUGAUGACCUGUGGUACUGAUGGCUCAGUCACCUUCUGGGAGAGUCAGACUGCGCACAGGUACCUACACCAGCCAAUAUACCCCGACGCUUCUCCCCUGGAUCCUCAGCCCAAGCCCACCUACCCAUACCGCACGAUUGGUUGUGUUUUUAACCACAAGUCUUUCUUGGCUAACUGCCAGCCAUCGGACUCAGUAGAGCUGUGUGUGUUUGACUUCUCGGAUGCUUCUCGCUGGAAGGCUAUGAGUGCAGAGGCUAUUAGUUCAGUUUGUGCUCCCAGUUCCACAUCCUCCCUUCCUCCUUUUCCUCCUCUUUGUCCUCCCUCAGUGCAGGCCAGUGAAGCCAGCAACCAAAUAGAGCUUGAGCUACGCUACUUGGUUACUGAGCACAGAAAGGAUAUUGGUCUGACUACAGUGUGGGAUGAUCACCUGUCAUACCUGCUCUCAUCUGCUCUGGCAGCCUAUGAGCUAGAGCGCUGUACAGGCAUGUCUUGUGGAAAUGAAGAGUUUCAGGAUGCUGUUCGGCGAGCUGUACCCGAUGGCCACACAUUUAAAGGCUUUCCUAUUCAGUUUUUACACUGUAAUGCACGCAGAGCUUUUGCUACCUGCCUUAGGUCACCUUUCUGUGAGGAGGUUGUGUCUUGUCGAGGAGAUAAUGUCCGUCUGGCGGUACGGGUGCGUGUGUUUCCCUACCUCGAAUCAGCCUGCGCUGUCUGGAUUAUGUUUGCCUGCAAGUACAGAUCAGUGCUGUGAUCAGCAGGCAAUGUGUGCACGUGUGUGUGUGUAUGUAGUAAUAUGUGAUUUUGUUAGUGUCCAUAAAAAAAUUGGCUUAAAUUUUUUAUUUAUUUUUUUUUUUCAUUUU